GUGCUCAUCAAAUCAAGCAGAUUACCAACGCAUCGAGUUGUGAGGAAUCAAAGUCUUGCAGCGGCCAUGGCAGCGAGUUCCAGGAGAGCCCGAGGUGCGUGUCUCGGCCUCCUCGGGAUUGUGCUGACGGCCCGGGUCUUGGGAUGGAGCGUUUGCAAAUGAAAGGAUUUUCGUUUCAGGGGUCCCCAUCCGCCCGCGACUUUGCCGGAGCUCGGCGGAAGGACCGUAACAGCCGCCCGCCAGAGGUGUCAAAACCAGCGUUGGCAGUGGCUCUCCGCGCCAUACCAUUUGAAGAGGAUGAAUAUCCUCGUCUCAGCGAUUUGGACGAAGAACUUCCUGACCUUGAAGAGCGCGCAGUGAACCGGCGAAUCAAGAACAAGGAAACAAUGCCGUUUCUGGAAAGAGAAGCGGUUGUGAAGAGGAUUGUCGACGAAAUAGAGCAGACCCGCAAGCGAAAGGCCAACAAGCCAACGAUCGUGGGCUUGUGGAGCCCGCGGGGCACAGGCAAGACAUCGCUUGUACGACACCUGGCUCUGAACGACUCUCACUUUGCAGAAAGCCGAAGAUGCGGACGGCUCUUGGUACUUACUGCGCAAGAAUUGAACUGGGUGAGACUGGAAGAUAUUUCGCUUGUGACUUCUGCAAUGAUGGCGUGGCACCUUUGCAAUUUCUUCAGAGGCUACUCCGUAGAGUUGAGUUCUGGGCAGGUUGUCAAUUUCCGUGGCGCUGAUUUCUUUCGUGUAGUGGAGGUACUCAAAGAACCACCUCCCCGUCCCCCUGCAUUUUCUUGUGAUUGUUGGAUUCAAUCAUAUUGCCAAACCCCUGAGGAGGCAUUCGAGCAGUGGCAAGAGCUAACAGCCGCAGCCUUCAAUGCAACGCCAGAGUGUGGUUUUUAUGUCUUCCUGGAUCAAGCGGAGUGGCUUGUGAGGGCGUCAUCUUUCACAGUUGUAUUUAGCCAGUUCCCGCAGGACGUGGCCAUGUUUUGCGCCAGCACAAUGAACAUGAACAACAGGACAUCCGAGGAGAAAGCGCUGCUGAAUGUCCAGGAAUUGCCGUCUCUGGCGCCAUUGUCACUGCAAGCGGCCAGACAAUCCAUGAAGGAGUGGAGAGCUACGCAGUAUGCGGAGGAGGACUUCAAUCAGAUACAUUUUCUGUCUGCUGGCAUACCCCAGCUUCUGUCGUGGGCUUUCUACAGUGAUGAGUCAACUGUUCACGCUGCCCGCGCCAUGAUAUUGGACGAGUUGAAACACACAUACCCAGAAGUACCCUCCUACUUCAAUCAGCGAGAAGUUGCUUUGGCGCUGAUUCUUUGCUCGGCGGUUCGAUGGCCAGUGGCAGAUCACGUGCCUGGAACAUCACUAAGGUGGUCUGACAUCUUCAGCGCUGGAGCAGCGUUUCCAGAUGGUAUGUCGUCCGUGCGUGUUCCACGGCUGUGGUGGUGUGAGGAUGUCAAGAUCAAAGACAAACUCCAAGGUGAUUUGAAAGAGCUGAGCAUUGACCUGAACGGUCUCUUGCCAGAUUAUUUGAAGUUGAAGGCAGGGGGCACGACUGAGAGGGCGAAGCCAUGGGGCGACUUGGUUGCGAACUCCCUGGCUGCGCGGUUCCGCCUUUACUGCAUGGCACAAAAAGUGAGUGCUGAAGUCACCUGGGUCCCUUUUCUGGAGAUCUACCCUACGGAGGAUCCACAUUUGCGAGCUGUUUUGAGGCCCUUCGAAGUGUGCUGGAGUGAGGGCGUGGAUUAUGUGAGGGACAGUGAAGCCAGUGUCGAAAGCAAAGCCGGGAAGGCCAUCAAGUCCAACCGGAAUUUUGAAACGGCUCACCACGACCUUUUGAUCCCUGUGAAACGCAAGGCAACUGGUAAUCUCGAGUUCAUUGCAGUGCAAUGUUGUUGUGGGAAGAAAAAGCGGGCAGACCGCCUGAAGUUCCAGGACAAGGUGAAGAAGGAUAACGUUGAGGACAUGCAAAAUGUGUUGCUGCAGAUUUGCAGUGAGUCUGAAGGCUGGCAGAAUUCUUCAAACAAGAAAUGGGCCAGACGCCAGGAGGAGAAGAAAUACUCUCUCAUGAGUUGCGAGACUAUCAUUGCGCAGCUGGACGUGCUGAAACUCCUGUGAAUGUAUG